AUGUCUGAGCAAACCCCCAUGCCGCGCAUCACAGCGCCUUAUCUCAACGCGUUCAUCGGCCGCCACGUCACCGUCGUCGGCAGCGUCAUCCAGCUCCGCGGUGACCAGGCUACCCUUGAUUCUGGCGGCACGAUAACUCUUGUCCUAAACCGGGACGCGCAUCUCGUCAAUGGCAGCGCAGCCCACAUUAACGGCAAGGUCAAUCCUGACCUGUCCAUCAAAGUCCUGAACUGCAAAGAUUUAGGUAAUAACGUUGACCUCGACCUCUACGCCUCCGUCGUCCAGGCCACCCAUCAACAUAAAUCCAUCUUUGCCGUUGACAACUGA